GUGUGGACCAUGGCGUCUCAGUUUGGCGUGCGUGCAGGAACGGGGCGUUGCCAUCAGUUCUGGAAGGCCUUUGAGGAGUGCAUGGACACGACGACAACGGGUACCGAGUGCCGUCUUAUUCGCGAGGACUACAUCGAGUGCCUCCAUCACAAGAAGGAGUUUGCUCGUGCGGCGCAGGUCGAGGCUGCCCGGGAGCUCAAGGCCUCGGGCGGCGGCGAUGACCACGGUCACGGCCACUGAGUUCAAGUAAAACAUGCUAUGAUCUCGUUGGUAAACAUCUGCGACAGGUC